CUCACUAAUCUCUCCCUCUAUCACCCUCAAGAGCCGUUUCGUGCCAAUGGCUGUUUCUUCUCUUUCGUCAAUCCCUUCCAAACAACCCUUUUUUCUCUCGCUCCUCCCAUUUCUGUUGUGAAAUUCUUUCGCCUUUCAGAGUUCUCUGCUCCCUCUGCGCAGUUAUCCCCAUCUUUUCGUCUGCAUCUCUCUCUUUUUGUCAAUGUUUCAGUUUGCGAAAGCUUUCCCAUGGAGUUGGCGGGUUCUGUUUUCUAUGCCAAAACCCUGAUUCGACCUUAAGGCCUGAAGGGAUCGCCUCUCUCUGUAUUGAAAUGGCGAUUGCAACUGGAGAUCGGUACCUGGAGAAGUUGGUGAAGUUCGUACACGAACAAGCUGGCCCUCUGAUUGAAGGAACUCUGGUGUUGAAGCUCAAUCCUGCUGGGCUUCACUAUGUUCAAUCUAGGUUUGAGGCCUUGCAUGAGCUUGAGAGCCUUCUUGCGGGUGCACCCGUUGACUACUUGCGAGCUUAUGUCUCAGACCUCGGUGAUCACCGCGCUCUUGAGCAACUCCGUCGGAUUCUUCGCUUUCUUACCUCGCUGAAGGUCGUUUCUGUCUUGCCACCGCCUACCAGGGAUCCCACACCCUUGUCUUUCCUGCCUUUUGGGCGGUUGAAAGUUUUGGAGCUCAGGGGAUGUGACUUGUCCACUUCGGCCGCUAAAGGGUUGCUCGAGCUUAGGCACACUCUUGAGAAAAUCGUUUGUCAUAAUUCCACGGAUGCUCUGCGGCAUGUAUUUGCAAGCAGGAUAGCAGAAAUUAAGAAUUCUCCGCAGUGGAACCGGUUGUCGUUUGUCUCUUGUGCAUGCAAUGGUUUGGUUCUCAUGGAUGAGUCUUUGCAGCUUCUUCCUGCUGUUGAAACGCUUGACCUUAGCAGGAACAAGUUUGCUAAGGUAGAUAAUCUUCGUAAGUGCACAAAAUUGAAGCACUUGGACCUUGGUUUCAAUCACCUGAGAACAAUUGCGCCUUUCAAUGAGGUUUCCUUUCAUAUUGUUAAACUAGUCUUGAGAAACAAUGCACUAACUACUUUGCGUGGGAUUGAGAUGUUGAAGUCACUUGAAGGACUUGACGUUUCCUACAAUAUUAUUUCCAAUUUUUCAGAGCUACAGUACAUCACUGGGCUUCCAGUUCUUAAAAGGCUUUGGCUGGAAGGAAAUCCUUUGUGUUGUGCUCGAUGGUAUAGGGCACAAGUAUUCAGCUUCUUCAUGUUCCCUGAAAAAUUGAAAUUAGAUGACAAGGAAAUGAAUACCCAAGAUUUUUGGAAGCGACAACUGAUCAUUGCCAGCAAGCAUAGGAGACCUUCCACCUUUGGGGUUUAUUUGCCUGCAAAAGAUGAGGCUGCAGAGCAGGAAACAUUAAAUAGAAGGAGAAAAGCUUCCCGUCUUGCCUGUAUUGAGAAUGAAGAAGACGUCACCAGCAUGUAUUCUGACCAGGAAUCUGUGUCAUGUGGGAAUGAUGUUCAAAGCCGAGAUGAUUGUGAUUUAUCUGAUGGUGAAGCUGAAAUAGUGGACUUAAUAAAUAAAGUUGAGCAUAUGAAGAAAGAGCGUUCUAUUCUUUGGUUGCGGGAAUUUAAGGAGUGGAUGGAUAGGGAUUCUGGUAAAUAUGUGGAAAGCAGCAAAGAAGGCAGAUCCAAAGUGCAUCCUCAGAAAGAGAAGUAUAUAAUAAAGGGGCCAAGCCAGGGGCAAACAUCUGAAGUCUCAAGAUAUGCCUCAGACUCUGUUCUAGCCUCUGGAGAUGAAAGUAGUUUGACUAUUGUAGAGUCUGAUAGUUCUUAUAUAGAUGCAUCUGCUAGUCUUCUUAAUCAGCAGUACUUUGAAAGUAGAGGUUUUCUUGGUAAUGCUGGUUGGGCCUCUCUUAAUGACUUGGGGAGAGUGGAUGAGGACCGUCUUAUAUCUCAUUCCUUGAAAGGGAUUAAUAGUGCAUUCUCACACUCUAGAAGUUCCGGUGAUACCCAUACCAUUCAAGAUACACAUAGAACAGCUGAAAAAGGUGUCUUAUCACCAUUGACAAUGAUUGAUGACAUUUCUGGGUCUCAAUCAUCUGUUUGCCCCUCAUCGCCUCCUCACUUUCAAGAAGACCUUCUUCAGCGCCGGCAAAACUUGGUGGAGGAAAUUUUCCAGCUCUCUGCAGACUCAUUCUCAGUGGCGUCUUCUGAUAGUAACACAAGCUGUAGUGAAAUUGACUACUCUGGAUUUGAGCAAUCAGUGCUUGAAAUUGAUAAUUUCCAUAGUAAAGACUAUGUGAACAAGGGUAUUGAUGAGCAUAUAUCACUAAAUCUACCCAAGGACAUGUUUAAUAACCAAAGCCAUGGAAGAGAGAAUGGCAUUCAUUCAUCUGAUUUUUCUGCUGAUCAAACUUCUAAACAGUUUUCCAAUGAUUUUGCUUCUGGUGCUGACAGCAAUGAGAGUGCUUGUUUUGUUAACCAACGUGCUGAUUUAUUAGGAAAUAGAAAAAACAGAAAGAAAGCCAAGAAAAGGUUUAUUUCAAUCUUAGAAGAGAGUUCAGACAACAAUGUAUGUUAUUAUGAAAGUGAAUUUAAACAAGUGCAAAGUAAGCUAAUUUCUCAUGAAGAUGCCUCUGAAAUUGUGGGAAAGGAGCAAAGAUCUGCAAAUUUCAAGAGAAUACUUCACGCUGAUGAUGUUACUGAGUUCUCCAUGAUUGAUUGCUGUUCCCAAGAGAACAAUGAUUUGAUUGUUACCUAUUUCAAUACACACAUUGUGGAUCCAGAAGCUCAGGAAUUUUGUAACCAUUGCGUAUGCUGUAAUUCUGUCCUUCAGAGAGAGUCCACCUACCAAGAAAGAGAAGUUGCAGUGAUACUCAGCAACCAUAUGAAGCUCUAUUUGCUACUAAUAACUGCUGAUGAUGACGAGUCAGGAAUUCAUUUGAAUCUAUUAAGUCGCCACAAGGCAGAAGAAGUUUGUGAGGUGCUUGUUGGAAUGGGACUUCAGGUGUUAAGGGUGAAUUUUGAAAGUGGUGAAACAUACCUUUUUAUUACAAGGAGCAUACAAAAAUCAAGAGAGCUAUUAAAGACCUUGCAAGUUUCUGAUUCAUGUGGAGCAAAUGAUAGAUGUUCAAUAAGAAGUUUGGAGCAGGUUCAGGUUGAAUUUUUUGACAACCAAGUAUGUGGUGGUUCCAAUUUGAGCAUUUAUCAGUACGCAAUGGUGCUUGUUUGUUGUAACAACGGCAAAGAGGAAUCAUGGUUUUCGAGAUCACUGUUUGUGACUGGGGCAUAUGUGCUUUUGUGCAUUGAGGAUGUGAAGCAAUUCUGCUUGUUUUCCUCAGAUUCAUCUGUGUCACCAUAUUUCAGAAUUGAUUCUUGUUGCCUUAUUACUGACAUUUGUGAGGCAGUUAUUGAUGUUAAAGAGCGCUUCUGUAUGACAUUAGUUCUGGAACGUCUUAUGUCAGAAUUCCUCCAAUCUACACCCGCUAACCUUCAUGCUGUAAAUAACGGAAAUCAGGUUUCAGGAUCUACUAAAUUGAAGCUUCAGUGGUUUUCUAGAGAUAAUCUGUUGAAGUUUUUGUUGCUGUUGAAGGCAAUCCAGAGAGGAAAAAUGGGCUCUUCUUUGGUAGUAAGAUGUAUAUCAUAAAACCUUUUUGGCUUUUUGUCGCUUCAUAUAUUCAUUUCAUUCUUUUGAUUUCGGUUUUCUUAUUCUUUUCUCUUAGAAAGUGAGUAGUUUGGUUGGUUGGUUGCUUGGUGUGUUAAGUUGAUCAUAGCUUCCUCUUUCCUUCUAUUCUUUGAUUUGUUUCUGCGCAGUUGUGAUUCUUUCAGUGUGCAGAGUUGUACAGUACAACUAGCAAAAUUAACCUCUUCCCCUCUCCCCUGUUGGUCAAAUUAUCGAAGAGAAAAAAUUGCAAUCUUUGUGGAAUGUUACAGUUGUUUCAUCU